AUGUCGCCCUUAGUCGACCUCGACAUCCUUCCUGAGGAUGCAGACUUCGGCAUGGUCAUCGAGGAGGCCGGUCUGGACGACGAGGCUGACCCAGAAUAUGUGCCCCGCCAACGAAAUAUGGGCAAGCUGCAGCACCGCAAGUUCACAGGCUAUGACCAGCGACUUCCCAUGGUCGUAUAUGGCUUCCGUGAAGAGACCGUCCACGGCACGUCAGCCAACGAAACACCUCACACGCUGAUUGUAUUCCGCUGGGUGCUUCAACAGCGCGCUGCCGGACGACGCUUCAGGUCUGCAGAGAUCCGUGCCGUGUUCCAGACAAAGCACAAAAAAAGCUCGGGGAGCGGCAUUGAUGCAUACUACGACCCCAAUGUCGCAGCUGUGGCGCCAAACGGCACUUACUCGAUGCUCGCGACGCCUGUUGCUGUGUCGCAGACCCGGUCUACAGAGGCCGGCGGCGACGCUGGCAUAGAGUACUUGAAGGGCACGGCCAAAGUCAGCUACGAGCUCACCGAGUCCGUCGAACGCGUGGACCAGAUCACCAUCAACGGCACGGAACGAAGCGAGUACAGCCAUCAUAAUGCUGACGAAGUGGGCGACCCGGAUAGAUCGAAUGUCGCCGAAUGGCAACUGUUCGAGAACGAAGCGGCCAAAAGCGGACUGCCCACUUUCUUUCGCACAGCCGUCCUGCUGGAGCGCCGAGACGGCGACCAGUCCCAGUUCACCUGCACAUUCACCAUCCGCGCCAAAGUCGACAACAUGACGGAUACAAUGACGGGUCUCAAGCGCUUCAUUGGCCGGGUUCCUCGCGAUGAUCCCAUCAUUUUUGCGCCCAGUUUGCAGGAGGUGGGGGCGUUGACGAAGCAUAAAGACAAGCUAGAUGAAGUUGACUUGCUUGAUCUGUGCAAGUUUGUCAUGUUUAAUACUGGCUUGCGUUCGGGUGAAGAGGAAGCACGGAGGGAGAAAGAGGACAAUGUCAAGGGCAAAGAUAGCCUUGUGAUUCCAUUUUAA